AAUCUCGUGGACAGUAACAAACUUUGGUGAAAUUUCAGGAACCAUAGCCAUUGAAAUGGAUAAGGGAACCUAUAUACAUGCACUCGACAAUGGCCUUUUUACCCUGGGAGCUCCAUACAAAGAAGUUGAUGAGGGCCCUAGUCCUCCGGAGCAGUUGAUGGCUGUCAAAUUAUCCGAUUCCAGAAUUUCCCUGAAAUCUUGCUAUGGGAAAUAUCUUGGUGUAAAUUCAGAUGGGCUUGUUGUUGGUCUUUCAGAUGCAAUUGGACCAAGAGAACAAUGGGAAUCAGUCUUUCAAAAUGGGAAAAUGGCUUUACUGGCCUCAAAUGGCUGCUUUAUUAGAUGCAAUGAAGCCAGGGACAUAGAAGCAAAAAGUAAAACAGCAGCAGGAGAAGAAAUGAUCAAGAUUAGAUCCUGUGCUGAAAGAGAAACCAAGAAAAAAGAUGACAUUCCAGAAGAAGACAAAGGAAAUGUAAAACAAUGUGAAAUCAAUUAUGUAAAUAAAUUUCAGAGCUUCCAUGACCACAAACUUAAAAUAAGUAAAGAAGACAGUAAAAUUCUUAAAAAGGCUUGGAAAGAUGGAUUUUUGCAUGAGAUGCUUCUGGACAGGAGAGCCAAAUUGAAAGCCGACAGAUACUGCAAAUGA